AAAUAAAGAGGGGAAAAAAACUACUUUUGAGUUUCAUUCACCACUUCACGCUUUUUCAUUGCACCACAGCAUUACAGCAUUACAGCAUUACCCUGGGUCCUACCAGCCUUAAGACCAUCUUGCCAACUUGUCAACUUGAAAAUUGUUCAUUUGUUUUUCAUUCGUUUUCUUACUAGCACUUCAGUGACAAUCAAGACACUUUAUCUGUUAUCAGUGGUAUUGUUCAUAUUGAUGUAUACCUGAAAAUAAAUUACUAUCAGCACCGAGUUAAAAGGGGGCUGUAUCUUCGAUAUAACGUGAUAACGUUGACGUUGCUCAUUAAUUGUUUUGUCACCAGCAGUUCAGGUUCUUGGUACUGCUGAAUUGUGCUACGUCGACAUGCAACGACACACGUUCAGCUUCCUAGCGGCGGUGACGACCCUGGCUCUGGUGUACCUGGGCCACGCGCGGGACCUCCGCCACGUCACGGAGCCCAAGACCCCGCCGAUCUGCGAGGCGCUGAAGGCCGGCGGCACGGACGACACCAGGACCAUCCAGAGCGCCCUCGACUCGUGCGCCAAGGGCAAGGCGGUCGCCUUGUCGUCCGGGGUGUUCUACUCGGGCCCGCUCACAAUACCGUCCGGCGUCAGCCUCAUGGUGGGCGAGGGCGUCACCCUGAAGGCGACCACCAACGCGUCCCGGUACGACCUCGGCUCCCACACCUGCGGCACGAUCGACGAGUACGGCCUCGGCUGCAGGCCCUUCAUCACGAUGCACGGGGCCCGGGGCAGCGGCAUCUACGGGAAGGGCACCAUCGACGGCCGGGGCGGGACGCGGAUGGCCGGCUCCAACAUCACCUGGUGGCACCUGGCCAGGAACGCGCUGGCCGUGCGGAAGCUGCAGAACAACCCGCGGCUGGUGCAGAUCAACAACUCGGCGGACAUCACCGUGCACGGCGUCACGCUGACCAACUCCCCCUUCUACACGCUGGUCGCCAGCGAGACCAGCGGCUUCACGGUGUGGGGGGUGAAGAUCGUCAACCCCUCGAGCGCGCUCAACACGGACGGCAUCGACCCGGUGGGCUGCCAAAACGUGACCAUCGCGCACUGUAACAUCAGCACGGGCGACGACGACGUGGCGAUCAAGGCGCUGACCGCCCCCUCGCGGCACGUCUCGGUCCUGAACAACCACUUCAACCACGGCGUUGGCAUGUCCAUCGGCAGCGAGACCAACCACGGGGUCAGCGACGUCACCGUCUCGGGGCUCACCAUAAACGGCACCCACAUGGGGCUGUACAUCAAGAGCAACACCUUCCGCGGCGGGCUCGUCUCGAACGUCGCCUACGACAAUGUUUGCAUCUCCAACGCAGACUGGCCCGUCCAACUCGACGCCAACUACUACAACAUUCAUGGCAACCACACGCCCGUGUUCCGGAACAUCACCCUCAGCAACGUGAGGGUCCUGACCAACGGGACGUACAUCAUCCACGGCCUGAGCGCGGCCAAUCCCAUCGACGUCACGUUGAAGAAUGUGCACAUAGCCAAAGGGUCCAAAUUUUCCGUGCGCAAUGCAAAAAUUACGGGGACCUGGAUAGAAGAUGCCAGUGGCAGCUGUGGGUAUGCCGGUAAUAACUAGUCCUUCCAUUAACCUUGGUUUAUCUUAGCUGAAGUAUUAAUUGGUAUUAAUUGUAAGGUGUAAAUUAUUUGUGUGUUGGAAAAUUUCUAGGAACUAUUUGAAGAGGUUUUUAAAACUUUCAACAUAACAUGCAUGUACAUAACAUUGGUUUUCAUUUAAUACAAAUCAUUAUAUUUUUUAGCGGAUUGUAGUGUUGUUUAAAAUGUAAUGUUUGUAAAAGGGACAGUAAAAUUCAUUUGAUCUUAUCUUGUAGAAAAUUUGUACCUUGAUAUAAUUAAGGUAAUGAUAAAUGCACAAACACCUUGUGUGUAAUUAAGGUGAUGAUAAAUGCAAAAAAACACCUUAUGUGUUAUAAUCAUGCUUAGUUAAAACUAUAUUUUGACCAUUAAUUAUAAGCAUAACAGAAUCAAUCAACAAAUAAAACGUGUACCAGUUUAAUUAUUUGAAGUACACCUAUCCUUCACUUAGCACGACUAAUAUUCCUUCCCAAAAAAUGCUCGUGUUAUUCGAAAUCGCGUAUUCUGAAGCAUUAGUUUCCAUAAAUAGCAAGGCUAAUUUAUUUAAUGUGUUCCAACAUUGUGCAGGAAUAUACUUUGCGUAAUAUAAAUGUGUUGAAUAACACUCAACUAUAAAUAUGUCACACCAUUUAUCUUUAUAUGGCACUCAUCGCACUUUGUAUAACAAAUACGUCACUGUGUAAUGGGCGAUACGUGGUUAUGUACUUUGUCAGUCGGCUGGCUGACUUGCCCGCCUGGGCGUGACCUUCACCUUACGUCGUGUACUUUUCCAAACCAUCCUUUACUGACAGUGAAACCGAUAUUACUGUCGGGAUAAUUAUAAUUUAAUUUUUCAAAAAUUAAAGUGCUUAUUCGCAUAUCACCACCUGGUUCACACAAAUCCUGUCAAGCCAAUUUUUUUUCAUUGCAACAUUCAUUUGACAACCUUUUCCACAUGAAUCAUCAGUUUAUUUCUGUUCCGGUAUCUAAUGUCAAAUAUAUUCUUGCUAGUACAAACAACAGCAUCGGACUUAUAGAAACUUUUGGUAAGAGUCCUUAUUUCGUACGAUUGUGCGCACAGUUGAGUUGCUUAAAACUAAAGUGCGACCAACAUAAGCGUCGCCUUCAUGACAAUCUGCUUGCCGUAAUAGUUCUAGUUUUGUCUCAAAUACUUGAACACCAAGAAAUAUUCAACCGUCAGUGAAUAGAAUGUAGAAAUGAGAUCUUAAAAUAGGAAAUGGAAGAAAGAGAUGCCAAGAAAGUGACAGUUCAGAACAUGAAGGUAUUUGGAAGGCCAGUAGUGAAAGCAUGGACGACAUUAUUCUAUUUUCGACCGAUGAAAAUUCUGAAUUCGAUGAUGAGUACUUCUUUGAGAUGUGCAACACCAAAAACAAUGAAUUUAUUUUUUGUGAGUUUAGUGGAAAGGAAGGAAAGAGAUAUUUUGUGGAAAAUAUGACCCAAGUAGACUCAACAACCCCUGAGAUAUUGGUGAACUUUCCUAAGAAGAAGAAAAAAGCUCAUUUUAACUUUUUAGCAACUAGAAACAAGGGUUCUUGGGCUAAGGGACAUUGUUAAAAAACAUUUUCCAGUAUCUUACGCCACAGUUGGACACAACAAUUCAAAAUAAAAAUUUCCAAUAUUUUGAUUGGUUUUUACUUUACCACCAUUGCCUUUUUUUAAGGUAAUUUACUAAUUUCAUUAAAACUAUGUUAAAAAUGUAUGUUAAAUUAAUUCUUUCAGAAAUUCACUCAAAGGUAACCAUUGCGUAGCAAAAGAUGAUAAUAAAAAUAUAUUACAUAAGGAAGAUGUGAUCCCAUUGAGAUCAACUCUACCUGCAAAAGAAAACGAGUCUUCUUGAAAAAAGGGGCACAUGAUCCCUGAUGAUCAUAUUUUAUAACAGCUUCCGGAUUGGUGUAUUUGAAAUAUUUUAUGGUAAAAGGAGUGUUAAUGCUUGUACCAACACUGCUAGAAUAAAAUGCAGUCUCAAGAAAUCAUAUUUCUCUUUUAAAUUUUGAACCGCAUUAAAAAAACUUAAAAAUGUAUCAAAUGUCCCCACUCUCCUUAUAAUUUAUAGUGAAUUAUCUUCUAGUAAGAUUUCACUCUGGAAACGUUCAUAUUUUCCUAUAGAAGAAUGUAAUAAUUAUUAUUUUCACAAGUACAACCUGAACUGCUGGUGACAAAUAUGAACAGGAAACACAAAAAAACCACCACACUAUGUUUAAUACUUUAAUAUAUAGUUCCUUUUGACCUCAGCUGCGAUAGUAUUUUUUUUUUGCAGGCGUACGUCAAUAGAAACAAUACCACUGAUAACAGAUGGAUAUACUUGAGUGUUAUUGAAGUGCUAGUCAGAAAAAUAAUGGUUCGUGUACUUAUGUACGUGCGUCAUAACUCUGUAAUGAUUUCGCAUACUACUAUUUUUAGUUUAAUACUUAGAAAAUUAUCAGCAUUAGAUAACAUAACACUUUACAGAACAGUUGAUAUAUAUAGUUGAUUGAAAGUGUGUGUGUGUGUGUGUGUGUGUAUAUAUAUAAAAAAGCUGAAUUACUAGUUGUACAUAGUGUAAAGAAAAAAAUUUGUAGAGAGAGAGUAAUUCAAAUACAAAAAUGAAAUGAUUUAUUUCAGAAAUUCAAACUAUUGAAUGGGGGAUGGAAGUAUGAUUUCUCGAAAUCAGAUUAAGAUAGUGAAUUUAGUCUUAUUUUGAAUAUCAUGUGUGAAAAUGAGAAUUUGAACAGUGAUCUUAUUUUGGUAGUCAGUUGCGUAAAAUUGAAUCACAAGUACCGAAGUUCUGAUUUACAGUGACAUUCAUCGUGGUGUUUGGGUUAAGCAUGUAAAAUUUAAUCCAGCUAGAAAUAAAAAAGUAAAUCAGUAUGAAAAAAAAAAAGAAGAAAGCCCAAAAACUGCAGUACUUUACAUUUAUAUGUAUGUAUAUAUAAUUAACCACUUUGAUUAUGUUGAUGAGAUUUAUUUUAUUACCUAUAAGCAAAAAAUAAUGGUUAUAUGCCAAACUACAGGCAAAGCAUUGUUUGAAAUGUUAUAUAAAAAUUGUUUAGAGAAAUAACAAA